UUUUUAGCCUCCGUUUUUUAGCCUCCCAAAUAUUUCUAGGUUUUGUUUACCCGCUUCGUUUUCCCCCAAAUAUUUUGAGGUUUCGUUUCCCUCCCGAAUCCGGACGCCUCCAAUCUCCCACCUUUUCUUCUUCAACCUUUUCGUCUUCAAUCUCAUAUGCAAUCGACAUCACCAUCACCGCUUUAGCAUCCACUACCGGUCGACCUUGCUGUCACCGCUCCACGAAACGUAUGCGUUGCAGUGAGUUUUUGAUUUCUACUUCCUCGGUCGCAUAUCUCCGGCGGUCGAUUUCUACUGCUCGAUUUCUUCUCUGCUGCUCGAUUUCAUCUCCAAGUAAAACCAUGGACUUAUUUUAAUUUAUUUUUUGAUAUUUACUUCAUGUAUACAACCGCAAUGAAGCUUUCUGGUGUUGUAUAUUCUUGCUAUGAGGUGGCUUCCUCCUUCCAAGUCAUCUUUUUCCUAUUUUGCCCCUUAUGUUGCUUUGGUGUUGAUGGUGCUGUCAAAACACAAUGACUUUCUUUUGGUUCUCGUUCCAUUAUUUAGUGAUCACCUGGAAAUACAGGCGGUGGUUGUAAGCAUUGAUCCUUGUAGACAAUAUUUGACAAAUGAAGAUGAGGUUGGAUUCAAGGAUAUUAAACUAGAAAACCUGGGCCCAAAUGAGGAAGAGUAUGUCUGGUAUCAUUGCAUCAGUGCAUUGUAAGUGUUGUAAAUAGCAACAUAUUUUUAAGUUUGACCAAAUUUUUUAUUUUUUUGUAUAGAUGAUGUUUAUUGUAAUAUUUAUU